CCUCCGUAGCCAGGCCUUAUCCUGUUUGCGAACACAUGACAAAAUAUGUUAUAACUUCUGGUUAUCAAAUCUGUCCGCGCCUUCCCGCCUUGCGCCCGCUCUCUCGCCGCUCAGUCUCCGCGUGAUAGCGUUACGUUACGAACGCCGUGCCGCACCGCACCGUACCGCCCGGGCGCCCGCUCGCGUAAGCGAAACCCCCGGCGAACAACCGCGAAAUCUACAUGGACGAUUUUUAAAUUUUAAGUUCCUAAAUCCCGUGCGUAGUAUUCGUUUUUGAUAGUUUACGCUGUUUUUCUCACUGUGUUCUUUGAGUUUCGGUAACGUCUCACCCCGCGUGGUCGCUCCGGUGACUUGAACGCCCGAUUUCGUUCGAUCUAUUUAUUUUAGAGAAUAAGUUCUGAUUGAAGUCUUUCAAAUUUUAGUUCUUGGCAUGACGGUGAGAGUGUGCUCUAGUCACCUUGUGUGCGCCUCGACCUACCACCCACCCCCGACGCUGUGAGAUUUCUUCCCCUGCACAGUUGCAAUAUUUGUCUGAAUGCAGAAAAAUAAGCAUCAACUGCGGCACUGGACGGAGCUAUGGCAAUAUCACGAGCUUGGUUGGCGGUGGUGCUCUUUACCAGCCUGGUCCACUUGAGUGCCACCGGACUUCUGGACUGGGGCCGCGGGAACCGCAUCGAGGUCAAUAUUCCCUGGCUGCCUUUUGAGAACGAGACGCGAUGCUACGACGAUCUUGGGUGUAUCACGAUCACGAGGGAAUGGUACAACCUCAUCUACCGGCCCUUCAACGUUUUCCCUCUACCCAGACAAGUGAUCGACACCAGGUUCAUUCUCUACACGAGAAAGAACCCGACUGAGGGGCAAAUGUUGAAAGUCACCGACAAAACAAUCACGAAAUCGAAUUUUGAUCCGAAGAAAGAAACAAAGAUGAUCGUCCAUGGUUUCAUCGACACGCCUCUCAGCAGCUGGGUUAAGGAUAUGCGGAAGGAACUGCUGAAGCAUUCCGACUGGAAUGUGAUCGUAGUCGACUGGGCAGGUGGCUCUCUACCUCUCUACACUCAAGCCACGGCGAACACGCGAUUGGUCGGAUUGGAGAUAGCAAAUCUUAUCAACACUUUAAAGGAAAAGAUGGAUCUUGACCCGAAGGACGUGCAUAUCAUUGGACACAGUUUAGGAGCGCACACGGCCGGAUACGCAGGCGAACGAAUCGCAGGGCUCGGCCGCAUCACGGGCCUGGAUCCUGCCGAGCCCUAUUUCCAAGGGAUGCCCAGCCACGUCCGCCUCGACCCUUCAGAUGCUGACCUAGUCGACGUCAUUCACACAGACGGCUCCUCCAUUGUACUUUUAGGGUACGGUAUGAGUGAGCCUUGCGGUCACCUGGAUUUCUACCCGAACAACGGGAAGGAGCAGCCUGGUUGUGACCUGACGGAGACCCCGCUUCCGCUCACGCUGAUCCGGGACGGGAUCGAAGAGGCCAGUCGAGUUCUGGUGGCUUGCAACCACAUCAGAGCCAUCAAAUUGUUCACCGAGUCCAUAAACUCAAAGUGUGGCUACUUUGCCCACCGCUGUUCCUCCUAUCAACAUUUCCUCCAGGGUCGGUGUUUUUCUUGCGGGGAAAAUGGGACCGGGUGUGCUGUAAUGGGUUUAACUGCUACGAAAACGACACAUCCGCCCGGAUCGAAGUAUUUCAUCUCCACAGGCAAAGAAGCUCCCUUUUGCCGGCAUCAUUACAAAGUGACCUUGGAACUUGCUAAGCCCCCGAGAGCCGAAGCUUGGGUGCAGGGUUUUAUGAGGGUCUCUUUGCAUAGUGAUAAUGGUGUAAUUCGAAACCUUGAUCUCACUCCCAACGGUUACGAGAAGCUGGAGCACGGGACCUCGAGGAGCUUCGUAGUGACCCACCCUGACGACAUCGGUAAAGUCCGGCGCGUGGAGUUUUAUUGGGAGUACGACAUGGAUGUCCUCCAGCCGCGCUCCAUUUGUUUCCUGUGGUGCAACGACCACCUUUAUGUCUCUAGUAUUCGAGUUACCGAAACCAAAGAUAUAAAUGCCAGAGACAAACGUGAUUUAGAAAUGAACAGUAAGCUCUGCAGUGUGGGUCUUCGUGAAUAUGCGGACGUAGCGUCCAGGUCAUCUGCCGUGUUUCUUGACAACAGUUGUGAUGACGACCUGUGAGUCUGAUCCCUGAAAUCCCUUUUCAACUUUAAAGGACUCACCACCUCUACGUUGCCGUCUUAGUUGACAGUCCCUGCAGAACGUGAUAAGAGGCGACUCAAAACGCAACCGCGUUUUUUGAACGUACUGUACUGUUUUAAUUUAUUUUUUUGUACAAAUCUCCAAUGAUGAAACGCGUGUUUUUUUUUAAAGAAAUAAGCACAACGUGAAGUAUCAAACAGAUAAGUUUUUGUUUCUAUUUUUUAAAAUGUUUUUACUGUCUAAAUGAUCACAAAAUUAGAGGAUGGUAAAGUGCAGAAUAAAAAAAAAUUACACAAAAAUAGAAAGAGGAUAUACACUCAAAGAUAAUCUAUUAUUUGUGCCCAGCAGGGAAUCACAGAAUUUGGGCAAGGUGCACAAGAAGUAUUGCUUCAUUACAGUAUUUCUUCCUCAUUUUUUCUUGUGCAGUUUUGUUGUUAAGCAAAACGUUUCUGCGGAUCUGAAAGUCCUUGAAAAUUUCAAACCAUCUCUUGCGACACACAUACCUACAAAAAAAAAAAAAAAAAAAAAAUAACAGUGGUAAAAUAAAAUUUAUUGAAUGAGCUGAGUUUAGAAUAUUUUUAAAACUAUUUCUGGUUAAGGAUCAUGCACGGAGAAAAUUUACUUCAAAUUUGAUAGGAGGAUGGUCCGCCUCAUCAAUGGGCAGCAAUUUUCCAUUUAAACGCGCUCAUUCCGACAAAUGCACCGAUUUUAUCAAAACUACCUUGAUGUUUGUCCGAUUUGAAAGCCAAGGAAAUUUCCGCCAUUCACCAAGUAAUUUAAGUAUUUAAACAAACAUGCACAUUUCAACCUCUGUUCCUGACCCUUCCCUGCAAUCAAGCGAUAAAUCUACUCUUAUUUCAUGAAAAGAUUCCAUGACCCCUUUUAAGCGCAUUUCUUUGUUAAAUACAAAUCUAUGAGCCAUCAUCCUCGUUGUCCUCAUCAAUGCUAUCAUCGUCGUCGAUUUCUGAAAUAUUUUAGAUGACUUUUUUAACUGUCAGCGUCAUCUCCGGAGUUUAGGUUUCUGCCUAGAUUCAUAAAAAUUCGUAACGCUAAAUUUCGGAUUCUUCGGCCCCCUUCCCCUUUGUAACGCUAUCGUAACGUAGGUCCUUAUCCUUUAUUUCAUGAAAACAAAAUUGCGUAAUACUCUCCUCAAGCUCCUGUCCCCUUUAGCUUUCGGUAUUUUACGAACGGCCCACGGAAUCUUUCGACAUAGUAGAAUUUUAAAGUGAAAGUCUUAAAACUGCCCAGCCUCAAGUAAGACUUUAUUAUUUUAUGUUCAAAUUAAAACCUCCUCCGUGUUUUUGUGAUGCGGGCUUUAACAAAUUAAAGCAUAAGUAUAAUGGUCAUAAAGAUUUGAUUAAGAAAAUAUAAAAUGAAAACCAGUGAAAAAAUUAUUCAAUUGUGUGAUUAUAUUCUCAUUUUUAAUUCACGGAUCAAAAAAAGCAGACGAGGAACUUUUACAUGCAAAGUUGUUGUUUUAGAUAAAUGUGAGAUAAUUAUGUCAAUUUUUGGCCAAAAAUUGAUAACAUUUUAUCUUGGCCGAGUGCAGCAUAUGCCCUAACAUAAAAGAAAUCACCUGAAUCAAUCACGGUUAAAGUAAUUUGAAAUUUUACAGUAUUCGUCGAGAAAUUGUUAAUGCGUAUUCCUGUUUUGUAAGUGUGAAUUUAAAUUAUUACAAUGAAUACAUAGUUGCAAAUUGUACUUGCAGAUUGGCACCUGAAUGCUUGAGAAUAAGGCAAUGCAACAGUAGGUAACCGACUGAUGCAAUUAUGAGAGUAUGCAUAUGUGCAAGUACACCUACCUAUUGAACUUAUACAUGACUGAAAAGCGAUUUUAACAGAGCUACUAUACUGAGCUAUCUAGCUGUUGUGUUCAAAAAAUGAUAUUUAUGAUCUCCUCAGAUUGUUUGCAAUAAUGUCAAUGUGUUCAUUUUUUUCUUUUUUUUAGAGAGGUGUUGAUAUGUUCUGCUCAGAUUUUCGAUUUUACCACGAUUUUAUUUGUCUUCCAUGUUUUAUGUUUUGACGCAAUUUAUCACAUUAUUUUUGUUUUAUCCAUCCAAAUAUAAUUAAUUAAAAACAUAUCACCUCUCCUUUCACUAACAUUUUGUGUGAGGAAUCACUGAAGCAAUGCAAUUUUUAAACGUCAAAUUAUCGAUCAGUGUUCUAUCAUAAAUGAGGCGUUACAAGAUUCAUAUCCGUCUUUCUUACAGUCCUCCGGAAAAAUAAAAGGCACUACCAGAACUAGUGUUUCUAAAGUGACAGACCUCACAGGAAAUUAACUUUCAUAAAAAUAUCUCUAACUGUACUAUUUGAUAAAAGAGUAGCGAGUAAAACAUUAUAGGCUAUACAUACUGUACGUAAGAAGGGUCAUUAUUAUUAAAGGGGCUUUCCGUUUUAUCAUCAAAUUACGACAAAUUAUAAUUGUUGGCCUCUUGAGAUGAAUACAUUGCACGGAAAAGAAGGAUACCAGUGGUUACUUGAUGCCUGUAAUUCUUCAUGAUCCUCAGAACAUCGCGUGAUCGGUGGUAGAUUUCUGCCAUUGUUAAUCAUGCAACUGGUUAUGUUCACCAACCGUGUGGUAUAGGAUCCGUCUGAAAUCUAGUAGAGGCUGCUAGAUUAAAUACCAUCAAGAAUUUAGUAACCGCUAUUAUUCUUCUUUUUUUCCUCAUGCACGACAUUCUAAUGUACUUACGAUGCAAAUACUUUAGGCUGUUGAUGUUGAUACAAUCCUAAUGAAGUGCAUGCUAGCUCAUCAUUUUACAUGUCCCAACUUUUACAAAGAUACCCCAUUUAAUCGUAUAUAUCUAAAACAUAUUCGAGUUCCUCACUCUUGCUGGUUUAAUCAUAUCCCCGAAGUCCAUGAACCACGAUUGAAUCUUAGACUUAAAAAUGAGUUUAGUGUAUAAUUGAACUGUACAUUUUUGUAAAAAAUGAAGAUGUGUAUAUUUUACUUGUUUUUUUAAUAUGAAAACUGUAAAUUACGAUGUUUCGAAAUGUAUUCGUAUAUUUUUGUGAACUUUAUGUAAAUAGAAAGUAUUUUUAAAAAAAUGAA